AUGCGCUUCUCUACCAUCCUAUGUGCAGCUCUUGCCCAGAGCUUGACAGCCUCCGCCGCGACAAUGAUGGUCACGGUCGCUGCCAACAACAAGUUUCAGUUCACACCAAACUCGGUUACGGCUCAACCCGGAGACACAGUCGCAUUCAACUUUGUCGCUCAGAACCACAGUGUGGCCUCCUCGACAGCAAACCAGCCCUGUCAACCCGGACCCAACGCCCUCUUCUCCGACUUCCAGCCCAUCCCGGGUAACCCCAAGGGCAGCCCCAACCCCGCCAACGGCCGUCGCCAGGCCGGCAACACCCCCAUGUUCAUGGUUCCCAUUACCGACAACCAGCCCAUCUACGUCUACUGCCCCCAGGCCCAGCACUGCCAGCAAGGCAUGGUCAUGGUUAUCAACCCCCCCAACGCU